CUAUAGAGAUAAUUCCACCCUAUCCCAGGAAUGAGAUAGCAAUAGAAGGAGAUUCAUUGGCGAUAUCCUGYAUAGCGARAGACACUUCAGGAUACCCAAGUAAAGUCAUCUUCACCAGACGAAGCCGCGUAGAUCAUUAYACUUACGAGGAAAUCCAAAACAGUCCUCGAGUUUACGUGACCAAUACAACUCGGAACGAUACACACGGUUUAACGCGAACUGCAGUCCUCCAUAUCGAGUCAGCACAGCCUUCAGAUCACUCCAGCCUUGCACCAUACCAGUGUUGGGCUUAUCCUUCAAUACCUGGCGGCAAGGAACCCGAAAAACAUGUAUUUACUAUAUAUGUCAUAUCAAAGAGUGAUCUACCUAGAGCAACUGUAACAGGUGCAAAUGCAACACUUGGAGGUCCUGCUAACUUGACUUGUGAUGUAACGUAUCCUGGUAACCAGUACAAGGCACCACUCGAGAGACUAGCAUGGGUCAAGAACACCAAGACUAUCAGUGAGAAUGGUUCCACUACUAUCGAUCCUUUGAUUCUCACUACUGUGUCAGCCAGAGAUGGAGGAGUUUACACUUGCAUGGCUGUAGUGAAACUACAAGGAUUAAAAGCUGUCAAUAUAUCUUUGGGAACAGCCAUACUCACGAUAAGAGUGCAGUUUUUUGAAGCUCCAACGRAAGUAGUGGGUACUGAGGGGGGUAGGGUGGUGAUGGAAUGUCCAGCUGAAGGCUAUCCACUGAACAUUACAUGGUUGAGGAGGUUGAACAAUGGAACUCAAGUCGUUUUGAAAGAUGCAAUCAACAUUACAAUGGCUGAACAGUACGUAGUUACCAGGCCCUGCUCAUACUGUCGAUAUAAACUGACCAUCAGCAACGUUCGAUCCCAUGAUGCUGGGCGGUAUGUGUGUAAAGCAAACGAAGGCGGACAACAUCAUUUUGAUCUGUUAAUGUCAGAAUCAUCAGGUUGUGUUGGUGUCAUGGUGAACUUCCACACUGUUCUUAUUGGUGUACUGGCUGGGCUCAUGUUGAUCUUGUAGACUCACAUGAUUAACAUUUGUAAAGCAAUACAGUUAUUCAGUAGUCACGCAACAAUGAAUGUAGACAUACUGUUAUAUGAAGAAACCAAAAUGUCAAAGUUUUGAUUUCACUUGGACUAUUUUGACGACGCCUGUUAAGUAUUGACCUGUAUGUCGUAGCAGAAACGGCAUGACAUUACAAAUAGAUUUUGAUGAAGAGAGGUUUACGCGCUUUUCACAACCUUUUCAGUAGUGUGUGACUAUCAGUUACUAGUUGGUCUACAAUUCUUGUUAAAAGUAGCUAGUGAUCAUAUGUUGUUAGUAGGUCAGUGAAUGAUCCAAUAAGUAGUAGUAAAGGGGGGGUUCUGGCACAAUUUUGUCCUGGGAUAAAAUUAUGGGAUUAUAUGACCGGAUUCUAUGCUUGGAUUCUAUGCUUGGAUUCUAUGCUUGGUUUCCAAAUUCUAGGAAAUUUUUAAACAACAUUGUUAUAUUGCGUGACAUCAUUUGGACAAGUCUAGACAUGUCUAAUGGUAUGAGAUUCCAGGUGCGUUUACUCUUUGCAAAAAAAUUAUAUCUAUAAGUAUAUAAAGAGAUGACACAUCAUAAAAUUAUAAUGACAGAGAUAGCACAAAAUAUAAUAAUUAUCAACGGAAAAUCUUAUACAAUUCAUCCGGUUUAUGAUCUAUAUGCUGCUAGUGAAGAUGGGUAUGUUUUGAAUAUAAUUAAAAAAAAUCCUUCGAAAGGGAAUAUUCAUCAUACUGGGUAUUUAAGGGUUACUGUUAGAAAGCAUGGUGAAAGUAGGCAAAAAAAAAAUUUGAUACACCGAUUCAUCUGGGAAUGUUAUAAUGGAUUAAUCCAAGACGAUAAAGUUAUUGAUCAUAUCAACGAUAUAAAAGAUGAUAAUAGAUUGAAUAAUUUACAACUAGUAACACAACAACAGAAUUGUAAAAAAUCUGCUGAAAACAGAGACUAUUCAUUUGCAGCUACGAAUCAUCGAAAUAAGAAAUGUGUAAAAGCUACUAACUGUGAUACAAAUGAAGAAACAUUUUAUAAUAGUAUGUAUGCCGUUCAACAGCAUUUAGGAAUUAACGCCGGUAUUGUUAAAAUGUGUGCUGAAGGGAAGAACCGUUUUAAAAGUGGUAUAUCUAAGAAGGAUGGUCAGAAAUAUAAAUUCAAUUAUAUACCAAAGGAAGACCUACCGGAAAAUUAUAAAAAGUCUGCUAACAAACGUCCGAAUAGGAAGGGGAAUAAGGAUAGUCAGAAAUAAUUAAUAUAUUUGACUACCAUAAAAAUAGUAGUGAUAACAGCAUAAUAUUUAUACUGUGAUUAUUUCACACAUUAUAAAUAAGAGCUAUUAUUUUAUGUGUUUAACACCACAACUGUGUUGGUCUAUCGAAACAUAUACCAAGCUAAGCCAGCCACACCAACAGUAAUAACCGCUAGAUUAGUUUCAUGUUUUUCUGAUGCUGGUGAGGGUUUAAUGACGGGUUUAUUAAAAUUAUUAGAUGUA